GGUUUCUUAUCUGAAAGUGCUUUAACUUCCACUACUGUUCCGUUCUUGACUCCACCUAACUAAAAAUGAAAAGUGAAACCAUAUAGCAAUAUAUAAAAGGAAAUGCAUUUUUUUUUUGGAUGUCAUUUAGUGCCAAACUUUCUUCAGAAGUGCCUUGAACUGUGAACACCAUGGCAGAUGGUUAUGGCACUGGACUUCAGGCUUUUCCUGGACGGAAAUCUUUCAUCAUGUACCAUGGCACAACGAUGGCCAACGCUCAAGAUAUCAUGCGUAAUGGAUUCAAACAGUCGGCUGAUGGCAUGCUCGGUCCAGGAGUCUAUGUGAGUCGGAGUUUAGAGAAAGCCAGUCGUUACCCUUUAGAUCCAAAAGGAGAACAGCUGGGAAUUCUCAAAUUAAGUGUUCGGGUGGGAAAAGUGAAGAAGAUCGAUUAUCAGGGUCAUCCCUUACAGAAAUCCUGGCAUCAGAACGGAUAUGACACUGCAUGGGUGCCGCCUAACUGCGGCAUGGUGCCGAGCGGUUUAGAAGAGGACUGCAUUUAUGAUCCACAGCGAAUCAAAGUUCUACAAAUUUUGGAGAAUCGUAAAUGAAAACUUUGCAAAAUGUAUUUAGCACAUUUUAAAACAACAACAACAAAAACUUCUUGUUUUUUACUUUCUGAAAAAGAAAAUAAAAUAUUUGACAUUUUGUUAAAUAGCCUAUAAAGGCUAUUCGUUCACUAGCCAAAUGGUUUACAGGUAAACAGACUUUUAUAUGCUAGCACGUAAUAAAUAAU